AUGGCAAAAUUAGUUGGGGGUUAUGGGAAACUGUCUUUCCUACUUAAAGAUAUGUAUAGUCGAGUUGCAAAGAAUGAAUCACUGCACUUAAAAAAUGCUGAUGCAGCAAGGACUAUCGGCUAUUUCCAACAUAAGGCAGAUCAUGAUGUAGAUUGUUUUUGUAGAUUUAGCUAUGAUGGAAAUAACCGCCUAUUCAAUGUGAUGUGGGCUUACUCAAAAUCUCAAGAAUACUACCAUUUGUUUGGCCAUUCAGUUGCCUUUGAUUGCACGUACAAGACAAACGCCUAUGGGAAGCCACUUCUAGUUUGGUUAAGAGUCAAUAAUCAUUUUAGGUCAACAAUUUUUGGGUUCGCUUUGCUAUCUGACAAGUCCUCAGAUACAUAUACAUGGGCAACAAAAAUAUUUAUAGACUACAUGGGAGGGGUUACACCAAAGACGGUCGUCACAGAUGGUGAUCAAGCAAUAAGACAUGCAAUCAAUGUAACCAUGCUAGAAGUUGUUCAUAGAUUAUGUUAUUGGCACAUCCAUAAGAAGGUCGCGAUAGCUGUGAAGGAUCCAGAGUUUUUAAGGAAGCUCAAUAAAUUAUUCUUUAACUAUUACUCUGUUGAUCAGUUUGAAACUUUAUGGAUAGAUUUGAUUGAAGAGUAUGGGCUCCAAAAAAACGAGUGGGCAAAGUGGAUGACCAAUAGAAAAGAGCAAUGGGCAGAGGCAUACUUGAGAGGUAUUUUCUUUGCUGCAGUGACAACAAAACGAAGGUGUGAGGGCAUGCAUACUCUACUUAAAAAAAGAGUGAAUGAGAAAAUGAAAAUGUAUGAAUUUGUUCGUGCUAUUGGUGUGGGAAUGUCAUUGCUAAGAACUCGAGACGCCAAGGAUGACUAUGACACGAUGAAUACUAUGUCGUUGCUUCAGCAGACAAACAUGGCACAUAUCGAGGAGGAGGCAGAAAAAUUGUACGCAAGAAAUAUGUUUUUCCGAGUUCGUGCUCAAAUAGAAAAAGAAGCAAGGUGUAUGGUAGAUUCUUCAACAAAAGAAGAUGAUAUGGUGGUCGUUCGAUUGACAAAAACUCCUCUUUUUGACACGGUGCAUAGAACAGUAUAUCUAGAUUUGUUAACUGGUUAUAUAGGCUGUGAAUGUGAAUAUUUCCCAACCUAUGGCAUCCCAUGCCGACAUAUAUUCUGUGUCAUGAAAAAAUUCAAAGUGACUUCAAUCCCAAAGUCUUUGGUCAUUACACAGUGGAAAAUACAUGCACGAGAGGUACAAGAAAUACCAGACGAAAGUUCUACCUGA